AAGUUCUUUAUCAUUGUCUUGUCCAAGAACUAUGCAUCUUCAUCUUGGUGUUUGAAUGAGCUUCUAAAGAUAAUGGAGUGUCACAAGACAACCACACAUAUUGUUUACCCCGUCUUCUAUUAUGUGGAACCCUCUGAAGUCCGCAAUCAAAUCGGGGAAGUUGGAGAAGCCUUUGCCAAACAUGAAAAUGAAGAGGCUGCUGGGAAAUGGAGAAAGGCUUUGAAAGAAGCAGCUGAUGUGGCCGGUUGGGAGUUGAAGAACACUGCUGAUGGGCAUGAAGCUAAAGUCAUUCAACAAAUUGUUGAAAAGCUUUCACUAGAGUUGCGUUCCAUUAAUGGCCGCAUUGAUGAAAACUUAGUAGGCAUGAAGGACCGCAUCAACAAUAUUGUAUCAUCAUUAGGAACUGCUCCCGAUGAUGUUAUCAUGAUUGGGAUCUGGGGGAUAGGAGGUGGUGGGAAGACAACACUGGCCAGAGCUAUUUUUAAUACAAUAUCUUUUCAGUUCGAAGGUAAAAGCUUCAUUGAGAAUGUCAGGGAAGUUUCGAACGCUUCCUUGUCCGGUUUAAAGUCGUUGCAAAAGCAAAUUCUUUCAGAUGUCUUGAAUGAUCAAGGCAUCAACGUAAGUAGUGAAAAUGAGGGGGAAAACAUGAUGUGGAGGAUGAUGCGUGGUAGAAAGGUUCUUCUUGUUCUGGAUGAUGUGGAUUGUAUGGAACAGCUUGAGGCGUUAGCCGGUGACCCUAGUUGGUUUAAACCGGGAAGUAUAAUUAUCAUUACAACAAGAGAUGAGCAAGUGCUAGUAGCACAUGGAGUAAAGUUUAUUCAUAAUGUCAAUCUGUUAUCAGAUAAGGAAGGAAUUUGCCUCUUCAAUAGGUAUGCAUUUGGGAGAGAGAUUCCCGUUCAAGGGUAUGAAGAGCUAUCAAGACAAGUUCUACGUUAUGCUGCUGGUCUUCCCUUGACCAUCAAAGUUUUGGGUUCUUUUCUUUGUGGUAAAAGUAAGCUUGAAUGGGUAGAUGCCUUGGCUAGACUUAAAAGAAUUCCGUUAGAGGAAACUCAAAAAAAGUUGGAAUUAAGCUAUACCGGUUUAAGUGAAGAUUACAAGGAAAUAUUUCUAGAUGUUGCAACCAUACUGAAAGGCAUGCAUGACCAUAUUGAAGAAAUGGGCAGGAAUAUUGUUCGUCGUUCCCACCCGGAUAUGCCUUACAAACAUAGCCGAUUGUGGAUUGAUGACGAGAUUGAAGAUAUAUUGGCUAAUGACUUGGGUACUAAAGCAACAAGAUGUAUAAAAUUUUACAAGGAGAGACUCAAUCCGGAAAUUGUUAUGAAAGGUCUUAGAAAGAUGAAAGAACUUCGGUAUCUUUAUGUGGCUCAGCAAAGUCUUUACUCGAAUAGGGCUAAACGGAACCCAAAUUGUCUAAAUGAUUUUGGUGUAUUGUGUUGUAAUAAAGUCAGUCCAUACUUCCCAGAUGCUUUACAAUAUCUGCAUUGGAACAAUUACCCUUUUGGGUCUUUACCCAAAACAUUUCAAGCAAAUAAUCUUGUUGCACUUGAGAUGAUCAACAGCAAGAUCGUGCAAUUUUGGGAAGGGGGAGAAAGAAAGGCUCUCAAAAAGCUCAGAUUCCUAGGCCUCAGUGGUCCAAAGUUGAGGACCUUUGACCUUGGGCUAACUCCAAAUCUCGAGACAUUGACUCUUGGAGGACUAGGUGAUUUGGUAGAACUUAAAAUUCCCGUUGAAUGUCCAAAACUCAGAUCCCUCAAACUUUAUUGUGCAAAGUUAAGGCCGUUUGACCUUUGGCUGACUCCAAAUCUCGAGGAGUUGUUUCUUGAAGGUGGUGAUAUGGUAGAAUUUCACAUGCCCCCGAGGUGUCUAAAUCUCACAUCCCUUAAUCUCAAAUAUUUAAAGCUGAGGACACUUGACAUUGGGCUGACUCCAAAUCUUGAGAAUUUAUCUGUUAUGCAUUGCUAUGAUUUGGAAGAAAUUCACAUGGCCAAUGAAUGUGUAAAGCUCAGAUCUGUCUACCUUGAAGGUCCAAAGCUGAGGACCGUUGACCUUGGGCCGACUCCAAAUCUUAAGAGAUUGGAUCUUCAUGGAAGCAACGAUUUGGAAGAACUUCACAUUCCCGAAUGCCCAAUACUCACACACAUCAACAUGAGCUAUUCAAAGUUGAGAAUCAUUGACCUCAGGCUGGUUCCUAAUCUCAAUAUGUUGUUUCUUGUAAGAUGCAAAGAUUUGGUAGAACUUCACCUAGCCGAUGAAUGUCAAGAGCUUGAAUCCCUCACCGUUAUGCAUUCAAAGUUGAGGACCCUUGACCUUGGGCUGACUCCAAAUAUCAAGAUGUUGAAUCUUGAAGGGUCAUAUAACUUGUUAGAACUUCACGCUCCCAUUGGAUGUCUUAAAAAUCUUGUCCUCUUAGACUUAAGUGGCUGUUUGGGGUUUAGAUCAUUUUCGUUUCGCUUAAAUGAUAAUACAUCUGGUAUAGUGAACAAAUCACUUGAGGUUCGUCCUUUAGCUGAGUUACAUUUCACCCUAAAAACCUGCCCAUUUCACCAAGACAAUAAUCUGCUGCAGUUUGAGUUUACAUGUUUUCAUGAAGACGAUAUACCUUCAUUGAUUAGAAGUCUCGAGAAGCUUAUUUCUGGAGAGGGCUUAUUCAGUCGCAAGAUCUUACAUCCACAGCAAGCACCGACAACUGGAGCUGUUCUACUAGUGAAUAAUCAACAAUUAUUUUGA